GCCCGAUGACACAAGGGUGUUAAUUGUGUGUCGUGUAGUAGCACAGACCCUGUCAACUCAUUAUCUCAUCACAGCGCCGAGUGUGACAUAGUCAGUGUGAUUCUGCCUGAGCUCUAGAUCGGAAGCAGCCCCUCCACUUAUUUUCGAAUUUGCUGUUUCAUUCCUUAUCUGUGAAUUUUAGUAGGGACCAAUAAGUUUUAUUGACGUGAAAAUGGCAAAAGCCCUUUCUAAUCUUAACAAAAGACGAAAGUCGUUGUCGUUUCUUGCCAAGCCAAAAAUGUUACACUUUGGGAGGCACGAUUUCCUUCAGCGAGAUAGCAGCAAGAAGUCGAAAGUAAAACCACAGAAACCCCCAAAAAUGGGCAAGACUUCUAGAGUUGUUGUGUGUGGAAUGGCUGGAGUUGGGAAAACUGCUGUUCUUGAACAACUGAUUUAUGGAAACAUCACACCAUCAACUGAGCUGUACCCAACUAUAGAAGAUAUAUAUGUAGCAAGUGUUGAAACUGAGCGAGGUACAAGAGAGAAAAUGCGACUUUAUGACACAGCGGGACUCCCUCCUUUGUCAGGACCAAAUGCUGGCGGUUCCACACAACAACAGCAGCAGCAGCAGCAACUUGCAAAGCAGUUGUUGGGACUUACUGAAGGUUAUGUGCUUGUGUAUGACCCUGCUAGACCUGAAUCUUUUGAGUGUUUGCUUCCUCUGAAAAGAGACAUUGACAAGAACCGGGACAAGAAGGAGGUUGCUGUAGUUGUUCUGGCUAACCGAAUGAGAACAACUGCCAAUACAUCUGGCUCAGGUAAUAGCGCCCCUGCUCCAGCUAACCUGACAGCUUCGGCCACCCUUCAAAAAGCUAACAAUUGGACAUUAAGAGAGCACAUGAAACAUUUUGAAGUUAAUGCCAUGGAAAGGGCUUCUCUCUUGGAGCCGUUCGUUUACUUAGCCACUAAGCUAAGUCCACCACCCAACAAGAGCACUUUCCCACAGCUGAGUAUGGUCAGAAAAUCAAUUUCAAAUCGACCAGAUGCUGCCUCAUAGUGGUAUGAAGGUUCCUCCCCUUUUUCAGCAUUCCGUUACUUCCAGUUGCAAAGGCUAAUGAGUUGAUAGUGGUUAAACUUCAUUAUAUUUCUCUAUUCAUUUUGAUAGGUGUUUUAACUUUAAUUUACAUACUGUUGGCAUGUAUUUUUCUCAUUGAUAAUCAUACUUUCAGGAGGUUGGACUGUGAUAUUUUAAUUUGUUGACAAAGUAGUAUUUUAUUUUUUAAAUUUAUGAUUUAUUCAUUAUAUGAAUUAACAAUUAGGAAAUAAAAAUGUUUGUACCAA